AUGGAGAACCAUGUCACUCGACUCUUUGAUCCCGUUCCCAACACUGACGAUGCCCAACCCUCGCGUGUCGCCUUCUGGGACCAACUGCCAUAUUACCUCAAGGACCUGAACCUCAGCGAUCCAUUGAGCGACGUCCGAGGAAGUCAGAAGGAGAACGUUAAGCCCAGCCGCUCCAAGAAGGCGGGCCGGGCUAGAGACAAGCGGGACGCCGACACCCCCACUGCCGAUAAGCCAACCGAGAACACCGCUACCCCGCGGCUCCAGGAGCUGAAAAAGGAGGCCUUGCAGCACUUCAAGAAGUGGCAGACAGUUGUCCAUCGCAGAGUCGGCGAGAUCUCGAUCAAAAAGAGCCCGGACGUCCAGCCUGGUCAAAACGGCCAUCCAUCCUCUGGAUCAAAAAAGCGGCCGCCGCUGAACAGGAAAGGCAAAUCGACCGGUCCAAAGGUCCCAGCUACCCCGGCAGUCACUCUGGAAGCCGAUCCCGGACUGAUGCAGCUCUACCCGCCGACCCCGACGUCGCUGUCCUCGAUGGAGGCGGAGAAGCGGUGCCUCCUGCUGCAUGCAUUGGUCCUCCUCCUGCUCUCACUAGAGGGCUACAACGCCUACACUCGUGUGCUGCUCCUGCACGUCGCCUCCUCUCUGCAUCUGCCGCUUCGUAUUCUAGCAGAGGACGAGGUUCGCGUGGGCCAAGCGUUGUCUCAAGUCGCCAAAUCCAUCCCGCCGGAACUUCUGGCGCCAAAGAAGACUGAGGAUGGCAAGACCGUUAAGAAGUGGAAGGCUUCCCUGGUGAUCCCUACCGGCGGAGUAGCUGGCGGCCUUGCCGGGCCACUCGCAGAGGCAGGUAUCGGAUCGGUUCUAGGAGCAGCUAGCAUCCCAAGCACAGCUGCCGCCGGACUACUUGGAACGAUGAGUGACAACGCUCUGGUUGUGGGAACUUUGUUCGCCAUCACCGGCUCACGAGCCAACGGCAAGAUGAUGGAGCAUUAUUUGAAGGACGUAGGUGACUUCGCCUUCAUACCGCUCCGUGGUUCGAUCGAAGACCGUCUCGAGAUCGGUAAGAUUGCCCCGGAGAGUCGUCGUCUCCGGGUCGUCCUCGGCGUCGGCGGUUGGCUGGCGAGUAAGGCCGAGGACCCUGCCAACCACUGGAGGUGUUUGGGCGGACGCAGCGAGGUUUAUGCCGUUCGCUGGGAAUUGGAGACGCUGACCAAGCUGGGCUCGUCGUUCGAUACACUCGUGAGGAGCGCGGCGUGGUCCAUGGCGAAGAAGGAGAUCAUGGCUCGGACCAGUGAGCCCCGCUCCAGUUCCUCAAACCACCCUUCAGUGAAGGCUAACCAGGCUGGGCCAGUUUUCGCCAACCUGGCCGAUGGUCGCUGGCCCGCCGGCCUCCUCAAGAUUAGCAAGAUCAUCGACAAUAACUGGAACAACGGCAUGGUCCGAGCCGACAAGCUUGGCGCUGCUCUUGCCGACGUCAUCAUGGGCAAAGCACAGGGCGAGCGCGGAGUUUCGCUGAUCGGUUACAGUCUGGGUGCCCGCGCCGUUUAUUCCUGCUUGAUGUGCCUGGCUGAGAGGCGUGCGUUCGGGCUCGUCGAGAAUGCCGUCCUGAUGGGGACGCCUGCACCAUCAGACCCCAUGGCGUGGUGUGCCAUGAAAAGCGUGGUUUCGGGGCGUUUGGUCAACGUCUAUUCGGAGAGUGACUACCUCCUGGGGUUCCUGUAUCGGACCAGCAGCAUCGAGUUCGGCCUGGCAGGACUGCAGCGCGUCACCGGGGUUGAAGGUAUCGAAAACGUCGAUGUCACUGCUGAGAUCAGUAUCCACCCCAGAUACCAAUUCCUCGUCGGCAGCAUCCUGCGUCAUAUCGGCUGGGAUGAUGUUGAUAGGGAACAGAUCGCCCGGGCCGAAGCGGAGCUGUCGUUCCAUGAAGAGAAACUCCGGAAGCACGAGGAGCGACGGAAUGCCGUUGAGUCGGGUAGGGCGGAUCUUCAGAAGGAGAACGAUGCGGGUGUUAUCAGCACCCGCAUGCGUAAAAAGAACAAGAAGAAAGUCGGUUGA